UCGGACAGCGGCGCCGCCGGCCAUGGAGGAAGGAACAGCAGAUUUGCGGCAAAGAAAGAAGCAAAAUUGCUCAGAAACUGAUAAGAUGUCUUCAAAGGAGAGAAAGAAAGAAAACCCAAAUUUAGGAAGAACACCAAAAUAUGUAUUAUUUCAGCGGUUUGCAAAGCUUUUCUUUGGCUGUCUCGCAGCUGUCACUAGUGGGAUGAUGUAUGCUGUGUACCUUUCAACCUAUCAUGAACGGAAAUAUUGGUUUUCCAGCAGGCAGGAACUUGAACGAGAAAUUACUUUUCAGGGUGACAGCGCCAUUUAUUACUCUUUUUAUAAAGACUUGCUAAAGGCUCCAUCCUUUGAAAGAGGUGUUUAUGAUCUGACGCACAACAACAAAACAGUAUCGCUGAAGACUAUUAAUGCAGUGCAGCAAAUGACCUUAUAUCCAGAGUUGAUUGCCAGUGUAUUAUAUCAAGCAUCUGGUAGUGAAGAAGUUAUUGAACCAGUGUAUUUCUACAUUGGUAUAGUUUUUGGACUGCAGGGAAUUUAUGUGACUGCAUUGUUUAUAACCAGUUGGGUUAUGAGUGGGACUUGGCUGGCAGGAAUGCUGACUGUAGCAUGGUUCAUUAUUAACAGGACAGACACAACAAGAAUUGACUAUUCUAUUCCUUCAAGGGAAAAUUGGGCUUUGCCAUAUUUUGCAUGUCAAGUUGCAGCUCUUACAGGCUAUUUAAAAAACAACAUAAACUCUUCUGCUGAGAGUUUUUGCUACCUGUUGGUGAGUGCUGCAACAUACACUUUCAUGAUGAUGUGGGAGUACAGUCACUAUCUUCUGUUUGUCCAGGCUGUGUGCCUCUUCCUGCUGGACAGCCUUACUCUGGUACAGACAGAGAAGGUCCAUGAGGUAUACAAAAUCUAUCUGUUUUCUCUCUUCUUGGGAUAUCUCUUGCAGUUUGAAAAUCCAGCAUUAUUAGUUUCUCCACUCCUAAGCCUUGUAGCAGCUUUAAUGCUCUCUAAAUGCCUAGAGGUGAAUAUGAAAAAGGGCACCUUUAUUUCAAGGCUCCUGAAAAUAAUGCACUUUUACUUAGUAUUUACAAUAACAGUGACACUGAAUUUUUUAUUAAAGAUGUUUGUCCCCCAUAAAGAAAAUGAGCAUUUGUUGAAGUUCCUUGAAGUAAAAUUUGGAUUAAACACAACUAAGAACUUUACAAUGAAUUGGCUCCUUUGUCAAGAAUCCCUUCAGGCACCUUCCCAAGACCUUUUUUUGAGACUGACCCAAUCAUCUGUAUUGCCGUUCUAUAUUUUAGUUUUAAUUAUCUGCCUUUUUUCUGUAACUCAGGUCAUCUUUAAGAGAAUUAGUGGUGAACCACUCAAAGAAACUGUUACCCUGGAGGAUGGCAAAAUCGGAGAGCGGCCAGAGAUAGUUUAUCACAUCAUCCACACACUUUUACUGGGUUCUCUUGCAAUGAUUUUAGAAGGCAUGAAGUACUUCUGGACUCCGUAUGUUUGCAUGCUUGCUGCAUUUGGUGUAUGUUCUCCUGAGCUUUGGAUGACACUUUUCAAGUGGCUUAGACUAAAAGCUGUGCACCCAAUAUUACUGGCUCUUAUUCUGAGUAUGGCAGUCCCCACUAUAAUAGGUUUCAGCUUGUGGAAAGAGUUUUUUCCUAGGAUAAUGACCGAGCUCUCAGAACUGCAAGAAUUUUAUGACCCAGAUACAGUAGAACUUAUGAUGUGGAUAAAAAGACAGGCUCCUGUUGCUGCUGUGUUUGCAGGAAGUCCUCAGUUAAUGGGUGUGAUUAAGUUGUGUACUGGAUGGAUGGUGACAAGUCUGCCUUUAUAUAACGAUGAUGAUCUUCUAAAAAGAAAUGAGAAUAUUUAUCAGAUCUAUUCAAAAAGGUCUGCAGAGGAUAUUUACAAGAUACUCACAUCUUACAAAGCAUCUUACCUGAUUAUAGAAGAUUCAAUUUGCAAUGAGGUGGGGCCUGUGAGAGGAUGUAGAAUUAAAGACUUACUGGACAUUGCUAAUGGUCAUAUGGUUUGCAAUGAAAACGAGAGUUAUACCUACUCAAAGUAUGGACGAUUUUGUCAUGAGAUCAAAAUGAAUCAUUCUCCAUAUGUGAAUUAUUUUACUCGUGUAUACUGGAACAGAUCCUACUUUGUAUAUAGGAUCAACACUGUGAUAUCCUUUCAGUCGUGAAAAGUCAUGGAGACUUCUUUUCAAAGAUUGACGCUGUAUGGAAUUUAAGUAAGAGGUGUUCCUCUUGUACAAAACAUUCUUUGCAGAUAGGAAUGGGAGCGUGCUCACUGUGUUAGUUUACCAAACAGAAAUUCUGUGGACUACAGCUCAACAAGUACAAGCCCCAUCUUAAAGGAAAUGUGAGAACUUGUCAGUUUUGUGGUCUUGACAAAGUGUGACAGUCUUCCGUGUUCUUAUAUUUGUCUUCCCAGUUUUUUCCCCAUUUUUAAAUUAAUGAAAAGUCAUUAAUAUGAAUGUUCAAGAACAAAAUUCUACAGCAGAUAAUUAGAAAUAUCUUACAUGAACCUACUUUGGUAAAUAUAAAAAAAACCUGUUCAGACAUUAAGGAAGUGAUAAAUUUACCAUUAUACUAUGUUGUUUUCUUAGCAUUUGAUAUAAUCAAAGUGUUUGUGAGAGUCCACUAGAAUCCACUCAUUUUCUGCUCCCAUUGAUGUCCUUCCGUAUAUGUUAUUGUGUUCAUCUUGCACAUGUUCACAUUUUGUGUGUAGGUACAGUAUUUGCAUAAGAAAGAAACACUGGUCUUACUUGAGCCAGAUUCUUAAAGAUUUGGGCAUAGGUGUCCGUUCACGUGGAGCUACACUGACUUCAGUGUGUGGACACAGAUGUCUGUCUGGAGCUCGAGUCUUUGGGGUUUGUCCAUAUUAGAUGCUGUAUGCAUGUCAGUGUAUUUACAAACUCGUUUCAUGCAAUUUAGUAGAUAGCUCAUUCUGUUUAAAAUAUUGCCACGUCUUAUUUUUAAUUCCCCAUCAUGGUUAAAGAUCAUUUUAAAAUAUCUGAUACCUAGGUAUUUUAAAAGUAUAUUCAUUCAAAGUCCUCUGGACUUUAGAAGACCAAUCAGGCUAGCAUGGUUAAGGCACAUGAGCUUCCAUAGCCAGCAGUGCACAAGAGUGAUAUGGCAGGCAUGCAUAUCUGACUGCCUCUGACCUCCCAGUCUGAGGUACCCAGUUAUAGCAGCAGCCUACUGCAGCAAGCCUCAAACUUGUGCCUCAGUAACUGUAGUGAGAUGCCUUAACCACUCUGCCACUGUGUCCUUUCAAAUAUAUGGCUGUAAUUAAAACUGAACGAAAGUGUUUUUUAACUUUGCAAAGCUUUCUGCUUUCUUCUAGCUAUUCCUGCUCUAUAUGCCUCUAACGAGGUUUUGUAAUAAAUUUUCUGUGCAUGCAGCUUAUUUUGUUACUAGCUGUACUUGGGUGAUAAUGGAUGUCAGUUUCCUUCCUCCUUGGGGCUUGACUCUAGCCCUGAACAAAAAACACAGCAAAAGAGAAUGGAGGCUUUGCUUCAAAGAAUAGUUAGGCAAAAUUUGGGUUUCCAAUAUCAGGGGAAUUUUUUAUUUUGAAAUUUGGCUUCAGUCUGAAUGGGAUAAAAAAAACUUUUUAAAAAAGUUUCCCAUGAACUGGAAGCUCCCUGAAAAAAUGUAUAUUGUCAGUUUCUGUUUUCAGCAGUAAACUUGUGAAAUGCACUGAGGAGCCUCAAGGAAUGGCCAAAAAGCCCUCUAUUCUAGAACUAAUCUUCCAGCUAGGAAGCCCAUGUUUCUAGAGACAUUGGCUCCAGAUCAGAUCCUGAAAGCGGGCACCCUGGCCCUGGAACCAGGUCUGUCCCAGAGUUGUGAACUCUGGAAGUAUCUGCUCUCUUCCAGGGAGCAGUGCGUAAGAAAUCCAGGCAGGAUUCCAUUGGAACCCUGCCUAGAACUCAGCAAAAAAUGGUAACAUCCAGAAUGAUAUGGAUGACGCAUUUGGGGCUCAACAUCAGCAUUUUCUGAUGUUAUUUUGUUUUAUCAGAACACUUCUGUAAGAACUGCAAAAUCAUUCUGUGUCUACUAGAAAAAUAGAAAUCCAAUAUUUUUAACUUUCUUUGAAGUGAGUUUAUAGUGCAAGAAUGUGGUACAUGUGUAUGUUUACCAUCUGCUUUAUGCACAUAGAUUUGUUUAUCAUAUAAACAAUCAAGCUAUUAUCAAGCAACUGGAGCUGCCUGUUAAAAAAAAAAAAAAAAAAAGUGUUAUUGUUGCAAACAAUGUCAUCGUGCCUAUAGUUAAAUCUUCACAUUUUAAUAUGUUAAUUUUUAGUGCCUAAACCCUUCAGUUUACAGAUUACAGUUACUACAGUAAAUUAAUGCAUUAACUUAAGCUGGUGUGUGGAUGUGGGAGCUUUUUUCAAUAGUCUGUGUGUGUUAGAAUGAAUGUAGAUGCAUUUAGUAUAUUGAAAUAACUCUAACACUCCAUAUGCAAUUGUGGUGUAUUGAUUUGACCUUCAGGAUCAUCAUAUCUGUGUUUUGUUUUCAGGUAGUGCAUAAGCUGACCUGUUCAUGAAAUCAUUUCAUAAUAGCAAUAACGCAUUCCACAUAGCAAAGUUCAGGGUGACUUGCAUUUCUUGGGUACCAGAAGUCACAGCCUAUGACUGCAUGCCUUAUAUUACCAUUCAAGAUACAGUAUUCUAACUGUCCUGAAAUGAACUGCCUGUUGUGUCACUGCAUUGAGAGAUUGAUAUUUGGUUAUAUACAUAUCAGUGAGUAAUACAUGGUGUGAAUACAUAUGUGUGUAGAAAAAUAUAACUGAGGAUCAUUCCACACAUCUAUGAGGAAAAAAAUCUUGUUGUGGGGCACACUGGCCUUUAUAUAUGUUUGAGUAAACAUGUUGCAUCUUCUUUUGAACUGUGACAGUACAGUUAUUAUAGCAUUGUCAUGGUUUAAAUAGUAAUAUUGCUACUAAUUGUCUGCUUUAGGAGAAUCCAAAUUAGGCAGAUAUUUAACAUUUUCAUAGUAG